GAAAGAGAAAUCGGUAGCUCGCUGGGUUUGCUAAGUGCAGUCGGUGUAUCGUUUUCAUUAAAAUAAAUAAAUAAACAAAAUAAACAAAAUCGGUCACAGUAAGAGGAUACUCGUGUCUCAUAUACAUCAAACAAAGGGAAUUACCGUCUGAUUCUUUUUGGUUGUCAGGAGUGAAGAACGAUGGGGAAACACAACAGUAAACUUGCCCCUGAGGUCCUGGAUGACCUGACUAAGAACACAGAGUUUAACGAGGCUGAGCUGAAGCAGUGGUACAAGGGCUUCCUCAAGGACUGCCCCACAGGUAUCCUCAACCUGGAGGAGUUCCAGCAGCUUUACGUCAAGUUCUUCCCAUACGGAGACGCUUCCAAGUUCGCUCAGCACGCCUUCCGGACAUUUGACAAGAACGGGGACGGCACCAUCGACUUCCGGGAGUUCAUCUGCGCGCUCUCCAUCACCUCCCGCGGCAGCUUCGAGCAGAAGCUCAACUGGGCCUUCAACAUGUACGACCUGGACGGGGACGGAAAGAUCACUCGCAUGGAGAUGCUGGAGAUCAUCGAGGCGAUCUACAAGAUGGUGGGCACAGUGAUCAUGAUGCGGAUGAACGAGGAUGGCCUGACCCCGCAGCAGCGUGUGGACAAGAUCUUCAGCAAGAUGGACAAAGACCACAACGAUGAGAUCACGCUGGAGGAGUUCAAGGAGGCUGCCAAGAGUGACCCCUCGAUCGUCCUGCUACUCCAGUGCGACAUGCAGAAGUAG